UACACUGUUGCGCAACUACUAGAAACCAGGCUUUAUUUAAAAGAAAUGCCAUUGCGCAUGAGUGUAAGUAUGGUAAACAAUUCUAAAUAAAUGGCGGAUUCUAAUUCCAAUAAAAAGAUUCAUGUUUUGAACCAACCUUAUGAUGAAAGUGUCUCAGUCGGAGAUGAUGAAGAAAUAGAAAGUGAGCUAUCUCCAACUCCAAGAGUUCAAACUGCAUCAAAGUUUAGAAAACCAGAACAAAUGACAACUUCAAUUGAAGCAAGUGAGGAUGAAUUUGAUGAUGAAAAUUCUGCUUUUGUAGAACCAAAGGACAAGUUGAAACAAUCUCGUCCACCAAAAGCAGGUAGUGGUCAGCGUCCAGUUGGUGGUCAUGUUAUAGAAGCUAGUGAUGAAGAUGAUGAUGAGGAAGAUGGUAGUGAAUCAAGCGAAGAUGAAGAUGAAAAAGAAGGAAUACAUGUGAAAGGGGCUUACGAUCCAACUGAGUUUGAACAUCUUCCUGUCAGUAAAGAAAUAAAAGAAUUAUUCCAAUAUAUUGUUAGGUAUGUGCCUCAGACAAUUGAUUUAGAUUAUAAACUGCGACCAUUCAUUCCAGAAUAUAUUCCUGCCGUUGGAGAUAUUGAUGCAUUUUUAAAAGUCACAAGACCUGAUGGUAAACCAGAAACAUUAGGGAUACGAAUACUUGAUGAACCGGCAGCAGAGCAGUCUGAUCCUACUGUUCUUGAUCUUCAACUUCGUUCUAUUUCUAAACAGACAAGUGCAAAACAAACUAUUGUUCGUAGCAUUGAAGACCCUGAUAAAAAUCCAAAGGCAAUCGAUAGCUGGAUAACAAACAUUGUCAAGUUGCAUCGUGAAAAGCCGCCUCAAAAUGUGCAUUAUACAAAACCUAUGCCAGAUAUUGAAAAGCUGAUGCAAGAAUGGCCUCCAGAAUUUGAAGAGCUUCUUAAUAAUUUAAAACUACCAUCAGCUGAUAUUGAAUGUGAACUUGCAGAGUAUAUUGAUAUUAUAUGUGCUAUUGUCGAUAUUCCUGUUUAUGCGAGUCGAAUACAGUCUUUACAUCUGCUGUUUACUUUGUAUUCCGAGUUUAAAAACUCACAGCAUUUUAAUCAGUUGGCGAAACGCAACGUGAUUUCAAACGAUUUAAAAAACACUGGAAACAAGCAAAGCCCAUCCAUUUCAUAUGAAUAAUUAAUAUAUAUAUAUAUAUAUAUAUAUAUAUAUAUAUAUAUAUAUAUAUAUAUAUAUGUGUGUGUGUG